CACCCACAUUCAACAGGCACUGGAGGAGGAUACUUGUUACAUGUUUAGUUUCUUCAAGUUUGUAUAAGUAGUACUUUAUACUAAACAGAGUCGAAGUGUCAGACAAUAUUAAAGAGCAGGAGAUGCGUAUAUUUUGAGGUGGUGAUGCGUUUAUUUUGCGCGCUAUGGUGCCUUCCUCUCACGGCACUCUAGGUUUACACCUCAGUAGGUAGAUCAGACUCGUUAAACAACAAAAGCAUCAACUAUAGAAGAACAGGUGACGAGAAUGGCAGCUCCACAUAACGGAUCCAACUUAACCGCGAACUACACCAACCAGUUUGUGCAGCCGCCGUGGCGCAUCGCUCUCUGGUCCGUUGCCUACAGCUCGGUUCUGGCGGUGGCGGUGUUUGGAAACCUCAUCGUGAUAUGGAUCAUUCUUGCCCACAAGCGUAUGAGGACUGUGACGAACUACUUUCUAUUAAACUUGGCGUUUUCAGACGCGUCAAUGGCCGCGCUGAAUACUUUAAUAAACUUUAUCUACGCUGCCCACGGGGAGUGGUACUUCGGAGAAGCUUACUGCAAAUUCCACAACUUCUUCCCGGUUACAUCGGUCUUUGCGAGCAUCUAUUCCAUGACUGCAAUCGCUGUGGACAGGUACAUGGCCAUCAUCCACCCACUGAAACCUCGGCUGUCAGCGAAGGCCACCACAGGGGUCAUCGUCUGUAUCUGGAGUCUGGCUGUGGUUCUGGCCUUCCCUCUUUGCUACUUCUCCACAAUUCGAACUCUGCCUCGUAGGACCCUCUGCUACGUGGCAUGGCCCCGCAAGGCUGAUGACCCUUUCAUGUAUCAUAUCAUAGUGACAGUUCUGGUCUAUGUGUUGCCUUUAGUGGUGAUGGGCAUGACCUACACCAUUGUGGGUGUGACUCUGUGGGGAGGGGAGAUCCCAGGAGAUUCAUCUGAUAACUAUCAUGGACAGCUUCAGGCUAAAAGGAAGGUGGUGAAGAUGAUGAUCAUUGUAGUGGUGACCUUUGCCCUCUGCUGGCUGCCCUAUCAUGUCUACUUCAUUGUGACGGGCCUUAACAAACGUCUGAGCAAGUGGAAGUACAUCCAGCAGGUCUACUUGUCGGUGCUGUGGCUGGCCAUGAGCUCCACCAUGUACAACCCCAUCAUCUACUGCUGCCUCAACAGCAGGUUUCGGGCUGGCUUCAAGCGAGCAUUUCGUUGGUGCCCAUUUAUCAAGGUGUCCAGCUAUGACGAGUUAGAACUCCGUUCCACACGGCUGCACCCAACACGUCAGAGCAGCAUGUACACACUGUCACGAAUGGAUACCACCGUGGUUGCGGUUUACGACCCGGCUGAGGGCGAUGGCGGUGCCAGUGGUGCCUCUGGAAGGAAGACCUCCCUGUCUGCCAGAAAGAAAAGCUACAUCACGUCUCGCCACACAGAGAUCACUGGAUGCAACGGUGGCAAUGUGAAAAUGCAAAAUGGAGACACCCCGAAUGCUCGACCUGAGGAUUUCUCUUGAAGGGCUUUUUCACAGACAUACAUACAGAAAUGCACACACAGACAUAUGCAUGCAAGGAAAUUUUAAACACGUGCAUAAUACACUGUACACACAAAGAGUGCAUGGGUUGUUUGCUGAAUUUAA